GACAGUACAACAAUCUAAUCAAAAAUGUCGUUAAUAAAUUUACAAAAAAAUUGCUAAAUUGCGGUAAAAACGAGCAAAGUUUCGUUAUCGAAGACUUUGUUCGCGUUGUUUUUCUGUUUUUUUUGCCCUAAAAAAUACAGCACAACCUUCUCCUUUUUCCAAACUCACUCACAUCCUCACUACAUUCCGAAUCGGGCCCCCAAAACAACAAACCGCGGCAACCAGAAGUCCUUGCGCCCGUACGUAAGACCUCGUCGGCUUAUCAGAUCCGCGCGAUUGGGACGUCGUGACGCGGCCACAGUCAGUUACCAACAGUGUACGAUCAGCGAUCGAACGAUCCAGUCCAUUGAAGAAGAGUCUGCCCGUACCAGUGAGUGGUUUGUUCCCGGCAUUUUUGUUCUACACCCAAACCGUACCGAAAGAUGGCUGAAGUGAAUACGGAAUUCCGUGGCUACCGUUCGCCGCUCAGCACUCGGUAUGCGAGCAAGGAAAUGCAAUAUCUGUUCAGCGAUCAGCACAAGUUUUCCACCUGGCGUAAGCUAUGGAUUCUGUUGGCCAAGGCCGAAAAGGCGCUCGGUUUAGACAUUACGGACGACCAGAUCCGGGAGAUGGAAAAGCAUGUGGAAGACAUCGAUUUUAAGGCGGCUGCCGCCGAGGAAGCGCUCACCCGUCACGACGUGAUGGCGCACGUGCACGUGUUCGCGGCACAGUGUCCCCUGGCCGCUCCCAUCAUCCAUCUCGGCGCCACUUCCUGCUUUGUGGGCGAUAAUACGGAUCUGCUCAUACUGAAGGAAGCGCUCGACCAGCUGCUACCGAAGCUGGUCGGUGUCAUCAAGCAGCUGGCCCAGUUUGCCAUGCAGUAUCGCGAUCUGCCUACGCUAGGAUUCACUCACCUGCAACCGGCCCAGCUAACGACGGUCGGUAAGCGUUGCUCGCUCUGGAUCCAGGAUUUGCUGAUGGACGAACGGGCACUGCGCAACUGUCGGGAUAAUCUGCGUUUCCGCGGUGUGAAGGGCACAACCGGAACGCAGGCCUCCUUUUUGCAGCUCUUUGCCGGCGAUAGUGCGAAGGUUCGGCAGCUCGAUCAAACCGUCACCAAGCUGGCCGGUUUCGAGCGGUACUAUGCCGUCACGGGUCAGACGUACUCGCGCAAGGUCGAUCUGGAAAUUGUGUCCGCGUUGGCCAGUCUCGGUGCCACCGUGCACAAGAUGUGCUCCGAUCUGCGGCUGCUCGCUUCGCGCAAGGAGCUGGAGGAACCGUUCGAGCAGACCCAAAUCGGUAGUUCGGCCAUGCCGUACAAACGCAACCCGAUGCGUUCGGAGCGUUGCUGUGCGCUGGCCCGGCACAUGAUUACGCUGCAAGCGAACGCUGCCAACACGCUGGCCGUACAGUGGCUCGAGCGUACGCUGGACGAUUCGGCCAACCGACGGCUAACGCUGUCCGAGGCGUUCCUGUCCGCGGACGCUUGCCUGCUGACGCUGCUGAACAUCUCCCAGGGUCUGGUGGUGUAUCCGAAGGUGAUCGAGCGUAACAUUGCACAGGAGCUGCCCUUCAUGUCGACCGAGAACGUCAUCAUGGCGAUGGUAAAGGCGGGCGGCGAUCGUCAGGUUUGCCACGAGAAGAUUCGGGUGCUCUCGCACGAAGCCGGCGCACAGGUGAAACAGCACGGCAAGGAUAACGAUCUGGUCGAGCGCAUCCGGGCCGAUCCGUACUUUGCACCGAUUCUUGGCCAGCUCGGCAGCAUACUGGAUCCGAAAACGUUCACCGGUCGGGCCGCCGAUCAGGUGGUCGAGUUUGUGAACGAGGAAGUAAACCCGAUUGUGGCACUUUACGGUGACAAGGUCGUUACCAAGUCGGCACAGCUAAAGAUUUGAUUGCCGGAGCGGGUAAAAGCUACGGAUUGAUGUACCAAUAAAGAUUUCUCCUGUACUAAUAAAGUG